AUGAGCAAGGCACACCCACCGGAGCUGAAGAAGUACAUGGACAAGCGACUGUCACUGAAACUGAAUGGCAGCCGGCAAAUAAACGGCAUUCUGCGAGGCUUUGAUCCCUUCAUGAACCUGGUCAUCGACGAAGCGGUGGAGAUUAACAAGCGCAACCAACAGGUGCCCAUCGGCAUGGUGGUCGUCCGUGGAAACGCCGUCGUCCUCCUCGAAUCACUUGACCGAAUUGCCUAG